GCAACGGGGCUGACGUGGAGGUUCAGGGUUAGCUGGCGCUGCGAGCUGCGGGAUUGGGGAGCGACGGGCCGGGCCGGGUCCUCCGGCCCGAGGCGGCAUUGGUGGCGACGGUAUAAAGCCGGCGACGGGGAGCAUGUAAUGUCGGAAUGCGGAGGCCGCGGCAGCGGCAGCAGCAGCAGCGACGACGCCGCGGACGAGGGUGGCGGUGGCGGCGGCCCCGCGGGCUCCGGCUUCCUCAGCCCGGCCCCGGCUUCGUCCUCGGAGGGCAGGCUCCGUCGCGGGCUGCACGGCGCCUCCCUCAUGGCGCGCCGGCGGCCCGAGCUGCUCUGCGGGGCCGUGGCACUCGGCUGCGCGCUACUCCUCGCUCUCAAGUUUACCUGCAGUCGAGCAAAAGAUGUGAUAAUACCAGCAAAGCCGCCUGUCAGCUUUUUCUCCUCGAGGUCUCCGGUUCUUGACCUCUUCCAGGGGCAGCUGGACUACGCAGAGCAUGUCCGCAGGGACUCGGAGGUGGUGCUGCUGUUUUUCUACGCGCCAUGGUGCGGACAGUCCAUCGCCGCCAGGGCCGAAAUUGAACAAGCAGCGAGGCAGCUUUCAGACCAGGUGUUGUUUGUGGCCAUUAACUGUUGGUGGAACCAGGGGAAAUGCAGAAAACAGAAACACUUCUUUUAUUUUCCUGUGAUAUAUCUGUAUCAUCGGAGUUUUGGACCAAUCGAAUACAAAGGCCCCAUGAGUGCUGUUUACAUUGAGAAGUUUGUCCGCCGUGUGAUGAAACCACUUCUCUACAUCCCAUCUCAAUCAGAAUUACUAGAUUUUCUCUCAAACUACGAGCCUGGAGUCCUCGGGUACUUUGAGUUCAAUGGUUCACCCCAGCCUCCUGGUUAUUUGACCUUCUUCACAUCAGCAUUGCAUUCGCUGAAGAAAGAUUACCUAGGAACAGUACGAUUUGGGGUUAUCACAAAUAAACAUCUUGCGAAACUGGUAUCCUUAGCACACUCUGGAAGUGUGUAUUUACAUAGACAUUUCAACACAUCUCUUGUCUUUCCCAGGGAGGUCAUCAACUACACGGCAGAGAACGUCUACAAGUGGGCCCUCGAAAACCGAGAGACGCUCCUUCGGUGGCUGCGGCCACACGGCGGCAAGAGUCUCCUGCUGCAAAACGAGCUGAAGAAAGGACCAGCGCUUUUUUUAUUUAUACCUUUUAAUCCCCUGGCCGAGAGUCAUCCCCUGAUAGAUGAGAUCACCGAAGUGGCCUUGGAGUACAACAACUGUCACGGGGACCAGGUGGUGGAGCGGCUCCUUCAGCACCUGCGGCGAGUGGACGCCCCUGUGUUCAAGUCUCUGGCCCCUGAGCCCCCCGCCCGGCUGCUGGACCCGCCACUGGGGUCGGCGUCCCCCUGCUGCAACACCGUGGUGCUGCCCCAGUGGCACUCCAUCUCCAGGACCCACAAUGUCUGUGAACUGUGUGUCAACCAGACGGCCGGCAGCGUCAGGCUGAGCUCGGUCAGCGUGCCCCAGUGCAGCUUUUUCGAGAUGGCAGCAGCUCUGGAUUCCUUCUACCUCAAGGAGCAGACCUUUUAUCAUGUGGCAUCAGAUAGCAUAGAAUGCAGCAAUUUUCUAAGUUUCUAUAGCCCUUUCAGCUACUACUCUGCAUGUUGCAGGACCAUCAGCAGGGGCGGGACAGGCCUCAUUGAUUCUGAACAAGACGCCUUUGAGUCCCCGACCACUGCGUUUUCUUCCCUCGAGAAGAAAUGCGAGGUCGAUCCCCCCAGCUCUGUUCCUCACAUUGAGGAGAACAGGUAUCUUUUUCCCGAACUGGACGUGACUAGCACAAGCUUCACCGGCCUGAGCUGCAGAACCAACAAGACCCUGAACAUGUACCUUUUGGAUUCCAAUUUAUUUUGGUUAUAUGCUGAGAGGCUGGGUGCUCCAAGCACCGCUCAGGUGAAAGAAUUCGCCACCAUCGUUGAUGUGAAGGAAGAGUCUCACUACAUCUUGGAUCCAAAACUCGCUCUGAUGAAGUUCACCCUAGAGUCCUUCAUUCAGAACUUCAGCGCUCUCUACAGUCCCUUGAAAAGGCAUCUUAUUGGAAGUGACUCUGCCCAGUUCUCGUCUCAGCGUUUCAUCACCGAAGUGACGACUGACUCCUUUUGGGAAGUGGUACUUCAAAAGCAGGAUGUGCUGCUGCUGUACUAUGCGCAGUGGUGCGGCUUCUGUCCAUCCCUCAAUCACGUCUUCAUCCAGCUGGCCCGGCUCCUGCCCGCGGAUACAUUCACCGUGGCCAGGAUCGAUGUGUCGCAGAAUGAUCUUCCUUGGGAAUUUAUGGUUGACCGUCUUCCUACUGUCUUAUUUUUUCCCUGUAACAGAAAGGAUCUGAGCGUGAAAUACCCCGAAGACCUUCCCAUCACCCUUCCAAACCUGCUGAGGUUCAUUCUGCAUCACUCGGACCCUGCUUCCUCUGCGCCCCGGAACCCGGCUCACCCUCCUACCAAAGAGUGUCUUCAGAGCGAGGCCGUCCUGCAGCAGGGCCACAUCUCCCACCUGGAGCGGGAGAUCCAGAAGCUGCGGGCGGAGAUCGGCACCCUGCAGCGCGCCCAGGCGCAGGUGGAGGCCCGGCUCGCGAGUGCGCGCAGGGACGAGCACCGGCUGCGGCAGCAGCAGCAGGCGCUGGAGCGGCAGCACGGGCUGCUCCGGCUGCACAGCCAGCAGCUGCAGAGCCUGUACGAGCACAAGACCCGGGAGCUCGAGGAGGUGGCCCGCAAGCUUCAGGAGCUGGCCGACGCCUCGGAAAACCUGCUCACCGAGAACACGUGGCUCAAGAUCCUGGUGGCCACCAUGGAGCGGAAGCUGGAGGGCCGGGACCGGCCGCAGGACCGCGCGCCCUCGGCCCACCCUGAGCCCGCGGGUACCCCGCGACUGCCCGCCGGCACCCCUCCGCCUUCUAACGUCAGCGCCACGCUGGCCUCCGAAAGGAGCCAGGAGAACAGGACAGACUAACUUUGAAAUGACAUGACGAAAUCAGAGGCGAAAACUGUACAUUGGGAAUAUAUUUAUGCAAAUUUUAUUGAAAUUUAUUGUAAAUAAAGAUUUUCUCAGUGGUCUAGAAAAUCACCUUGAAUGUCA